GUAACAGAAAGGAAACUGCAUCGGUUUCUUAUUUCGUCAGGUUUUCCUCGUUUUCGUGUCGUGCCCUCAAGCGCUUGGAUUGUCCCGUCUCCCAUCCUUUUAGUUCUUCUUCCUCAGGGUAAAGGAAUAGAGUAGUCCUAAAAUCUGAUCGGUUAAUAGAAGUAAUUGGGGCUGUUUGAGUCAUUGGAUCGGAGCUUCGGCGGUCUACUCGUCGCUUCGGGUUACUGCUGAAUAACAAAGAUUGACAGCGUUGAUUUCUUUUGUCUACUUCGCAUAACGAACGAGGCUUUUUUGGUGUCCUUCUGGAGCCAUCGAGAAGAUGGUUACAUCUGUGAUAUUGAGUUUCUUGAAGAUUAUUAAGCAUAAGCAGCUUGAAUACGGACCUCUAAUAUGGUGUCCCUUUUUCUGGAGAUUUUGGACAUAUCCUUUCUUGCCAAUUCAAGAAUUUUGGAAGAAAGCAAUUGUGCUUCUUGAAAAAGAUACCAUGCCAACCCAGGGAAUUUACUUUACAUAUCUGCAGCAACGAUUAUCUCAGUAUUAUCCUUCUGAAACUGCUGUAGGAUGCUAGGGUUAAAUCCUAUGCAUUGGGGUGUAGCUUAAAUAAUACACCAGCAUUCCUUCCAAUAGAAUGAUAACUGAAUUAUUCCAUCGUAACCUAGCACACUCUCUGUGGAGGUCUGCAUGAGGAUUAUGUUUGGUCACGUGCUUGGACCUUUUUCUAUUUAAUGGAGCCUUUCAUUUUUGCUCUCAAGCUUUUAUUAGAGAGUGGGCAGCCCAUAGUUAACCAACGGUUUUGGUUUAUGAAAUUUUUAUUCAACAUGCCUUCAUGCUAUUAGAGCUUAAUUCAAUAGUGUGCGCACCCCCAAUGGUGUAGAAGGCAUGUUGCUCGAUGGAGAGUUUGAAAGAUCCCGAUUUCUCAAAAAAGUAGCUUCUAGGUUAAGAUCUGUGGUGGUCCUGAAGGAAUAUCGAACUUGAGUAAGUUCUAUAAAAUGCAUACACACUUGCCUGCUGACAUUCUCUGAUUGGAUAGGGCAACAUUUGGGAUCAACUCCUGCUUGUAAAGUUAGGCUGGCCAUACCUGAUACUUGGCAAUGAAAAAGAAUCAUCUGUCACCAGCCUUGAACCCUUUUUGAACAAUGAUUUUGGGAGUGAUCUAUGGAAAGCCACAUGGAGGAAGCUGCAGGAUCUUGGGAUAUAGUGCAAGUUUGUAUAUACAGAUAGGGAGGAAGAUUGGGUUGUUUCUGGGGAAUUUCAACUUCUCCACUGGGUUCAAGCACUUUAAUUCAGGGGCUAGCAUAUCACCUGAAGGUUCAUUUCUUUUCAGUGCAACCUCUUUUCUUUGAAUUCAUUGACUGUCCAUUCACAGUAUUUUAUACAGUCCUUUGAAUUUGGCAUCCCCAUGGCUAAGUCUCUCUCUCUCUCUCUCUCUCUCUCUCUCUCUCAAUUUGGCAUCCCCAUGGCUAAAUCUCAGUUUUGCUCUCGUAUGCUUCUCCAUCAGGCAUCUAGUUUUGUCUUUGGUAACUCCUAUAAAUCUAAAAGAUGAUUUUUGAUAAAGCAAUAGUUGCCCCUAGUUCUAGACAGGUAUUUCUGAUGAUGGUUGGGCAAUAUUUUCUGUUCUAGAAAUGGAAGGAAUGCAUCCUCCAUAACCUUAAUAUUGUUGUUGAGCACAAUUUCAGCUAUUGUGUGAAAGCUCCCGAGGAAGUUCUUCAUUAUGCGCAUUCCGGUGGCCAGCAUACUAUUAGUUUUUCAUAGUCUAAUCUCUCUUUACAUGGAAUGGCCUCCUUUUACAAUGGUUUCUCAGUGUUCUUUCAGACCUUGUUUUCAUCGGAUUAAAGUUGGCAAGAUUAUGGAACCAAGGAAUAUUUUCUAUGCAUCGCCACUGCCUGAAUUCCACCACGUCCAUCUCUUGAAUCCUCCAAAUGUUAAUCCCCAGAGGCACAUUGGAAGUACUAUGCUGGGAUCAAAUGAGCACACGAUAAUGAAUUAUAGUGUGAAUUUUCGUCAUCAAAAUACUACUAAUUCUGGAGCAAUUUGUGACAACUAUCAGCAUCCCGUGUUUACUGUUAGCAGUAAUCACAAAAAUCCAUGCCAAACUCAAAAUGUGCCUUACUGCUACAAUCAACUUGCUAAUCAGACUGGGACAACCAUAGUUUAUCCACCAGCGGAGAGUUCUAGGAUGGCAUUUAAAAGGAAAACUCCUGCACACCCUGUUUAUGAGAAUCCCUAUCGGUAUCAGUUUACUGGAAGUUCUUCCAACUUUCCAGUUCCCCCUAAUCAUUUUCAGCUGGAGACUCUGCCAGUUUGUUCUAGGCCUCUACAACCUAAUGGCAGUGUUUACGGGUAUCAUCAAGACGAGACUCGUUUAUCUGUUGGUGAAGAAUAUCCGAGGAAUGUAAGAAUCCGGCACGGUAAUGCUCCUCAAGCCGGCCUGAACCCUGCAUGGCAAUCAUCAUCUAGUAGACCAACACAGCGGUUCCACUCAUCAACAAGCAUUUCAGCUUCCACUGUUGCUGGUGGGCAAUGGCACCACAAUGCUCCACCAGGAACAUAUUCCCAGUGGAAUCAUCCUACAACUGCAGAUGCUGGCUGCUCCAAUAAUCUAAUGAACCAGUAUGUUUUAAGAAAUUGUGUUUUUGGUGGCGAUGCUGAACAGAAUAGUACUUGGAACUCAGAUAACGGUAGAAACUCAUAUGCAAGAGUACCUAAUCCACAACCUUCUGACGCUCAAGACGCUUGGGCAGGUCCAACCAGUUAUGAGCAAAGACUAGCUCUUAAUAGGACCUCUUCAAAUUACACUAACCUGGCUGCUACUGGUCCUUCAGGAAGUGUGUCUGUUUCAUCGUCCAGUAUUCCUCGGCUAAACAUUCUUCAAAACAGCUCUACAAAUCGAGUUCCGAGGAACUUUAAUGCAACCUUCAUCAUGGGAAAUGCACAGCGUGGAUGGACAUCUCAGAGUUUGCCUGUGAUGGAUGUUCCUCCCCCUGCUUAUGCUUUCGAUUCGUUGGAUGAACAUAGAGGUCUAAGACUCGACAUAGACAACAUGAGCUAUGAGGAACUACUUAUGCUAGAGGAAACAAUUGGAAAUGUCAACACCGGUUUGUCUGAAGAUCAACUCUCCAGGUGCUUAACAGAGAGAAUCCAUUGUUCGUCAGCUUCAGCUCAGGAUGAUCAGGAUGAAACCAGCUGCCCUAUAUGCUUGGAGGAGUUCAAGGAUGAGGACAGCCAGGGAGUAAUGAAGUGCCAGCAUGUCUAUCACGCCACCUGCAUCAAGAAAUGGUUAGGGUUAAAGAAAACCUGCCCAAUUUGCAAAGCUCUGGCGGUAGAUGAUGAUGUGAAACAGAAACAGAAGGUAUCUUUAUGAUCAGCCAUCUUAGCUUUUGCAAUCUGCCUUUGAUAAUUGUAAAUAAGAUAGUAAAUCGCACUAUAUUUUAAGGAUCUAGAAAUUGUCAUUUGUUCAAUUGCAUCGUUAAUUUCGUAGCAAUUUAUUGAUUUGUGCAUUCACUUAUUUUUUCUUUUAAUUUAAUGCGAUGAAAAUAAAUAGUGCAAAUUAGUUCUCUCCAAUAUAUGAUUGGAGUGACUGAAUGCCAAGAUUGUAUCCCAUGAUUCUUGUAAUGCAAAUUGCUUAUUUAAUCUUUCUUUUUUUA